AUGCGGCCUCUUCCUACUGCUGUGUGGACAGCGAGCUAUGCUUGUUUCGCCAUUGCCAAAUCUAUUCUUUUUGAUCAAGGAUCAGUCAUCACUUUCGACGAGGCAUCUCAAUCCAUAGAGGUGAAGCGCAACCACUCUGUUCUAAUUCUCAACGACGAAAUCGCCGCUGUAUUUGAGCCCUCAAAGGAUAAUGUGACCAUUCCUCCUGAUACCGAAGUCAUAUAUGCUGGGAACGACAUUAUUAGCCCUGGCUUUAUCGACACACAUCGCCAUGCCUGGCAAACGGUUCAAAGAAGCCUUGGGGGUGAUAGCUGUCUAGCUGAGUAUCUGGGGCGUUGGUCUAAUUUCUCCUUGACUGCACAGGUAUUCACUCCAGAGAUCAUGUACUACUCGGAACUCGUCGGACUCUGCGAAGCCCUAAACUCAGGCGUUACGACUCUGGUAGAUAAUGCUUCAGGUGGCUUUACGCAGGCUAUCAACGACGCGACUAUCAGAGCAAUCGUUGACAGUGGGAUCCGUGGUUUCUAUGCAUACCAUAUACGCCGAGGAAUUGACGGGUUUGCCUUUGAGGAUCAGGAAAAGCAUUUUAAAAACAUCUCAGGACAGUCCGAGCGAAAUGCUCUUUUAUAUUUUGGUCUUGCGUACGAAACCUUUGAUACUGGCGACCCAGAAGAGGUGCAGCAUAUUGUUAAUAUAGCAAGAGCAUCCAAUAUCUCGUUUCUCCAAACUCACUUCGUGGGUGGACCGAUGGGUGUAGAAAACAGUCCCUCGAUCUUGGCAAGGCUCGGCCUGCUUAAUGAUACAUACCCCGUUAUCUUUGUUCAUGGCAAUGCUGUGACGCCUACAGAUGCCGAUCUCUUGCGACGUUUCAAUCACUAUAUCUCCAUGGCUCCCGAGUUUGAGAUGCACCACGGUCAGGAUAACGCCAAUCUUGCCUUGGUGCAAGAUCAGGCUGCACUCAGCGUUGGAACACAUUAUACUUUCAGUGGCGACUUGAUAACACAGGCCAGAAUAUGGUUACAAUCUGCCCGUCAGCGAGCCUAUCAGAAAGCCAUCAAAGACUUUCAAUAUCCGGCGAACAAUCCAAUGUCAACUAAUCAAGCCUUUUUGCUUGCGACACGAGCCGGAGGAUUAGCCCUGCGACGACCCGACCUCGGUGUCAUUCGUGUUGGCGCUAAAGCUGAUGUCGUUGUAUUCGAUGGAUCGGCUCCGACCAUGCUAGGCUGGGAAGAUGCAGUCACUGCUUUACUUCUACAUUCCAACCCUAGCCAUGUCAAGCAUGUGAUAGUGAAUGGUGAGUGGAAAAAAAGGGAUGGGCAGCUCUACUGUGCUCUGAAUGAUACCACUGUUCGAGAAAGGUUCCUAAACUCAGCACAAACUGUACGGUCAUUUUGGUCGGGGGUAGAGUCAACUAACUUCACGGGUACUGUACCUGUAACGGGGGCAUCGUAUCGCCAACUUGAUGAACUAGAUGUGGUGAGAGGGUCUGCAAAUGGAUAUUGA